CUGGAUUUGAAACCGUUACGAUUUGUAUUUUCUCGAUUUUGUGGUUAUAUGUUCAAAAAAGUGACAUUUACAGUCAAAAUAAUUUUACACCGUAUUACAUUUUAUACUUUAAUAUACAAUAAAAGUGAAAUAUGACAUCUAGAUCCACAGGAAAGUGUAUGGAUUUUGCUUAUCCCAGGCCUAUUACAAGAUCAAUUGAAAAACAUUCAGGGUAUAAGAAAAGGAAUCCUGAAGAAAUUGAAAAGCUGAAAGCAAUUUUGGGAAAUGGGUCAGGUUCAAAAAGGAAAUCUUACAUGCCAGAUAGUAUUGAAAAAAAAAGCGAAAAAACAAGACCAUGGUUUAAGAGGAAUGCUGAGAUGGUUGAAAAGUUAAAAGCAAUGGGUGUUUUGGUAAAUCCUGAAGCUAAUGUUAGAUCAAAUGAAAAAGGCUCAGGUUUAAAAAGAAAAUCACUUAUAAGUGAAUCUACCAAAAGUAUUGGGCCAAAACCCAUACAUAAUGAUUUAACAAAUGGAUAUGUUUCAACUGAAAAGCCUAAGAGAAAUCAUUUAACAGUUUUGUCUUCACAUGACUCAGAUUCUCCCAAGAGACCAUCAAAAAUGCGAAAACUUGAGCCCAGCAUAAGAAAGGAAUUAUUUAAAUCGAAAUUGAAUAGCAAAAUUCCCAGUUUGAAUACAAGCAACUCAAGUUUGGCCAAACCUUUAGAAAGCAUAGAUGAAAUGGAACCUCUUGAAAAUUCGAUGGGCGGUUCUAAAGAGAAACCAUUUAAAUUCAAGGGAACAAAAGUGGCCAAAACCAACCUAAGGUUCACUAAAAUGCAAAGUCCCAAAAUAAAGAAGACCCCUAUUAGAUCAAGCAGAAAAAGCUUAGGCACACCAACGGACAAGGAAUUUUUGGAUAUUGAAAAAGAAAUAGUCAAUACCAGUUCUCCCUUGUCUUCAAUGUGCGAUUUAUUAAAAAGCACAGGAUUAAAUAGCCCCACAAAUAUUAGGACUGAGAACACAUUAGAAGAGAGCCUGAGAAACAUAGAACACAUACUGGAAAUUGACAAUAUAGAAUUCAACAAAUACAAAAAGUUACAUGAAGAGAACAGGCAGAAAAUAUACAAUAUUUUAAGCGAGAUCAGGGGAAGUAGAACAGUGCAAAGUAGUAAAAAAACAAAAAACGACAACAAAGAAAACAUGCAGAAAAGAUCCAGUCCCAGACUGUUAAUGAAAAGUCCUAUACUCGCCCCCAAUAAAGCAAAUAUUGUGGUUUCGCCGCUUCUUGUGGCAAAAACGAAUGACUUGCGUAAAUCCAUGCUGACAAGAAAUCUAUCGAAAAACAUACAACAAAUGGGGACAUCGUCCAGCAAAGAGCAAAAAGUGGAAGAGAUGUACAACAGUUAUAAAAAUAACUGUUCCAUACUUUGCACUCCCAAGGGUGUACCGGACCCAACUGAAUCGGGCGGUAACAAAUCUUAUUCGCUGUCGAGAAAAGUCCACAAUCAGUGCAUGAUGCUUCUAGAUACCCCGCAACAAAACAAAAACUAGUCUUGCUUCCAAUGUAUAUUUACUGAUAGUUUUACUUAUUUAUUUUACUUACCUAAUGAACGUUUUUUAAUUUUAACUUUUAAAUAAACUUACACCCAAUAAUAA